AACGCGCCCAUUUUCAAGUCUGCGCAGUCGCAAUGACUAAGGCAUCGGAGAAACAGCGCCAUUUUUGCUUAGCUUGCGCCUCUGUCGGUGUCUGGCAUUGUGUUAGAAAUCUGAGUAGAAAUUACUUGCAAUAAUGAGGGUAAUUGUGACAUUUUGGGCGGAAUAAGCCCAUAUAGUGCCCCGUUUGCAUAAGGUGCAUUUGACCAGCUCAAGAUGUCCUCAGAGAUGCUCAGCGUUCCUGCUGGCACGAGCAAGCUCGAUGUGUUGGUGACCAAACUGCAUGAAUUCUUGGCUCAUGCUCCAGAGGAUGAUGAGGACAGACUGGUGACAGAAAGUCCUGUUGGUAUGACAAACAAGGACUGUGUGGAGCCACACUCAACAGACCGAACCCCUCUUGAGACCUCAACAGACACCUUGAAGCAGUCUGGAUUUGGUUCCAGGAGAAAACCUUCAGUUGUGAUUAAACACAGUGGACUGGAUGAAUCUGGUGCUUCAAAUGAAAGUGAUGAUGAUGAUGAUGGCUUGAUCAUCAAUUCAAACGGUUAUCCUGAUGUAACAAGAUUACCUAAAGGCACUGUACUGGUGAGGCCUGAGCCAGUGGAAAAUGUCAGAGAUGACUUCAGAGGUCCCGAAUUCCGUUGCGGAAAAUCUGGCAAUCUGAAGAGAGCUUUUUCUAGGAGACGUGGAGGUGGUGAACACUUGGAGAUUGUUAGCUGUACAGCCUGUGGCCAGCAAGUUAACCACUUCCAGAGGGACUCCUUCUAUCAGCAUCCAGUACUCAAAGUACUUAUUUGCAAGUCUUGUUUCAAGUAUUACUCAAGUGAUGAUAUCAGCAAGGAUUGUGAUGGCAUGGAUGAACAGUGCAGAUGGUGUGCAGAGGGGGGAAACCUGAUCUGUUGCGACUUUUGCCCCAAUGCCUUCUGUAAGAAAUGCAUUUUGCGGAACCUGGGGCGAAAAGAGUUGUCUGGCAUCCUGGAUGAGGAGAGUAAGUGGUACUGCUACGUAUGUAGCCCAGAGCCUCUUCUGGACCUGGUUGUCGCUUGUGACAACGUCCUUGACAACUUGGGGCAUUUGUGGCCAGACCACCGCAAGAGGGGCAGGGGCGAGGGAAAAUCUGGACAUUAUGACUCCCAUCCAAGGCAUUCUCAAAACAUUCCCGUGGGUCAUUGGAACCAUAGUGGCAUGGAUGGUCACGUUGUGUUCAACUACAACACCCUUCAAAUUCCAGAGGAGAUGGCCAAAAAGGCUAAAAACCUGGUGGACUCUACAAACACUGUAAACACAACUUUUGUGAAGUUCAUUCAAGGUGGCAUGCAGCAGAAACAGACAACCGAGUUAAAGCUACAAUACCUGAAGACUUUCCAGUCAGUACUGAAGGGUCUGAAGAAGUCUCAGACGGCUCUGGAGGAAGCCCUUUUGGAGGAGUUCAGAGAGAUGGGUUUGCCAAAUGGUGGCGAAAACCCCACGUUUGAUGAUACUGAUGUACCUCAACAAGAACAAGAGGAUUGUGUGGAAAUUGACAUUUCUGAUAAGAAUGGCCUUCAUUACUUAAAGAAAAUUGCAGCUGAACAUUUGGAAGAGAAUGAUUCAGACUCAAAUGGCUUUAUGGAUGAUGGAAGGCCUUCGUCCUCAAUUGAAAUGAAAGGUGUCCUUGGCACAGAGAUAAUUCCCAGACGAGGUAGAGGCAGGCCGCGGAAAAACUCAAAGCCUGGAGAAGAUGCUUGCAACGUGACAAAACAACUGGUGGUGCAAAUUUCACCUGCCCCUGUUGAACAAGAGCCACUCUCUGGCCCCCCAGAGUUGGAGGUGGAAGUGGAGUUGGAGGCAGAGGAGGAAGAGGAAGAGAGAAAAGAAAAAGUGGAGGAACGGGAGGGAGACUGUGAAUCUAUUGAACUUGUAACAGAGGGGGAGUAUGAAUCUGCUGAGGGAAGCGAAUCUCUGGAACUGGAAGAGGAACCAGACAAUAGACGCUCACCUCGGGUAAAGACCACACCCUUGCGCAGGCCAGGUGAGGGCAAGACCCAGCCGACCCCCUCGGGUGCAGACAGUGAGAGUGACUCGGACCCUGACACCAGCCCCAAUGCUGAAGUGCCUCAAGGAGCUGACGAGGGAGGGCUUGGGAGAGGAACUGAUGACUCUGACUCCGAUGAGGUCCCAGCUGUCCUCCAGCGGGCCGCCAUGACGCGUAGUUCAGACGAAGCCGAGAGUGACGAUGGAGACCAUCGGAGUGUGACCAAGAAAUGCCUCUUCGGCCUGAAGAAGAACACGCCCCUCUCUCCAGAAAGAGUUGUCCGCAAACGCAAGGUGCCAGACCACUCCUCUGACUCUGAUUCCUCCAGUGACGAUCCAGACCUGCAGAAGGAGAUCAAGACUAUGACCAGGCCCAGGGGGAGGCCUCGGAAGGUUAAGAGAGAGGAUGAACCUACCCCCAGCAAGGAUAGUCCUCAACAUAGGCCCAGGGGCAGACCUCGGAAGGUCAAGAAAGAGGAUGAAUCUACAUCCAGCAAGGAGGGUAAUACCCAGGCAGCCAAGCCUCAAAGCACACCUCAAUCCGAGCAUAGAAUGAAGCAGACGCCAUCCUCUUCCAGUCAAGAAGAGGGGGACCUGGACUCUGAGUCUAGCGAUAUCAGUGGUGACCAGAAGAUCAAGCCUAUCACUGAGGAGGUGGCCUUACUGGGGGCAGCAGCUUUCCACCAGUCGUCCGGCGAUGAAGAGCAGCCCCAGUCUGGGCCUUCUUGGGCAGCAGAAGAUGAUGACGAUCCAGAAAAUAGAAUCGCUAAGAAAAUGCUCUUGGCCCAAAUCAAAGCCAACUACUCAUCGGGGGACGAUUUCUCUUCAAACGUGGAGUCAUCACAUGAUGAUGAGUCUGACAGGGAAGAGAAGGAGCAAGAAGAUGGGAAAGAUGAAAGCCCUGAUGAGAAUGGUGAGAAAUUGGAUAGCCAGAGUAGUGAUGAUGAUAGCCAAUCACCGCAGGAAGAGUCUGGUAUGAGUGAAGAGCUGAGGAAAUCGGAGAACGAGGGCAAUGAACAGAUGCUCAAAAGCUCUACAUCAUCUACCUCUAGAGUCGAGAGGGAAUCAGUCCGUAGUUAUCUACAGAAGAAGCAGCAACCCUCAUAUAUUGUGCUGUCUGACUCCAGUGUCGAUAAGAGUAACGAUGAAGAGAAGGACGGCGAGGAAGGGGACAACAAAGGUACACCUAAGGGCCGCAAGAAGAUCCGCAGGAUCAUCGUAGAUGAGCACCUCCGCUCGGAGACCAUGAGAGCCCUGAAAGAGGAGGAGGAGAGACGCAGACGCCUGGCAAAAAGAGAGCAGAGGGAGGACUUCAGAGAGGUGAUUGUUUUUGAGGAUGAGGCUUCUCAUGUGGCCUGUCCCAUCACCACUAAGCUGGUCCUGGAUCAGGAUGGGGGGACAAAGGAGCCACUCAUCCACGUGCACAGGAACCUGGUGACCAGGCUCAAGCCUCACCAGGUGGAUGGUGUGCAGUUUAUCUGGGACUGUUGUUGUGAGUCAGUGAAGAAGGCCAAUUCAACCCCUGGAUCAGGCUGCUUACUGGCCCACUGCAUGGGCCUAGGAAAGACACUGCAGGUUGAGGUUCAGUCAAUCCUUUUCCAGGGCACUAUGGAGGAGAAGAUCUAUGACCUGCAGGUGGCCAAGCAAUCACUGUCGUCCCGGGUGGUGGACCAGCAGCAGAUACAGAGACACUUCACACUGUUUGAACUGACGGCGCUCUACAUGUUUGAGCCAGACCUGCUGGAUGACCCCAACUCUGAGAAGAAGAGCAAGAGGACCACACCCAAAUACUUAUUUUCCACCUGGCAAGAUAACCCAAGUCUAGAUGAGAAACAGGUGAGAGCCCUGGCCCAGACCUGGAAAACCAGCAAUGACAAGGAGCGGGAGUGA